ACAUCGGGUGCGGACAUCGGCUACACGUGGACCGUAUGGUCGGCUGCGGGUAUAGUGUUGUGCUCUGUACUGAUCCUACACUCAACUCAUCUAAACUUUGUGUAUAUGAUGAAAACUGGGCUCCGGAUGCGCACCGCCUGUUGCGCACUCAUUUACAGCAAGUCUAUACGGCUGAGCCGCACAUCUCUGGGCAAAACCACUGUGGGUCAAAUAAUUAACAUGAUGUCUAACGAUGCCAACCGUUUUGACGAGUUCGCAUUCUGGUGCCACUCGAUACUGGUGGCGCCGCUACAGCUCACACUCGUUAUGUACAUACUGUGGGGUCACUUGCGGUGGGCGUGUUUGGCCGGUAUGGCUGUCCUAUUGUUGUUCAUACCAUUCCAGGGUCUAAUGGGUCGGGCGUUUCAAAAGGCCCGUCGUCUGACCGCUCCCCUCACCGACAAUCGGAUCCGUUUGAUGGCCGAAAUCAUAGCCGCUAUGCGAGUGAUUAAGAUGUAUACGUGGGAAAUGGCAUUCGCGCACUUGGUCUCCGAAGCCCGCAAGAAAGAAAUACACCGCAUACGGCAGUCGAGUUUGUUGAAGGGCGUGAACCUGUCGUUUUACUUUAUGGCCGUCCGUAUAAUACUAUACGCCUGUUGUGUGACACUAGUGUUGACGGGCCGGGAGUUGACACCCGAGCGGGUGUUUGUCUCCAUAGCGUUUUUCAAUAUAAUGCGGAUAACUAUUACCAAACAGUUUCCCAAUUGUAUCGCCGCCACCGCCGAACUCAAUGUCGUUAUACAUAGAUUACAGACAUUUUUAAUGCUAGAUGAAAUGACAGAAACAACCGGUAAUGAUGGUUAUGAUAAGACCUCAGUAGACAAUCACGUGGACAAGCACCAUGAUAAUGGUUUAGGAGUUUACAUAGAUAACCUCACUGUACGCUGGAAUAAUGAAAAACCGGAGCCCACACUGGCUGAUAUUAGCCUAAGCGUAAAACCGGGCCAACUAUUGGCCGUUAUUGGGACAGUAGGUUGCGGAAAGAGCUCGCUAUUAAUGUCAAUACUGGGCGAACUGCCGGUGAGCUACGGACAACUGUCUGUACGGGGUCGGGUGUCGUACGCGGCGCAAGAAUCAUGGGCGUUUAUGGCCAGCGUUAGGGACAACAUACUAUUCGGUGCCGAGUAUGACGAGCACCGGUACCGGUCAGUUGUCAAGGCGUGCGCACUCGACACGGAUUUCCGUCUCUUUCCCUACGGCGACAAAACUCUGGUCGGCGAAAGGGGUGUAUCGCUGAGUGGGGGUCAGAGGGCGCGGGUAGCCCUGGCCCGAGCCAUAUAUCACCAGGCUGAUAUUUAUUUGCUGGACGACCCUCUGUCCGCCGUAGACGCACACGUGGCCAAACACCUGUUUCAAAAGUGUAUCGUAGACUACCUGAGCGAUAAGGUCCGAGUGCUGGUCACCCAUCAGAUCCAGUUCUUGAAGGCGGCCCAUAAGGUACUGGUGCUGAGCGAAGGCCGUUGCGUAGCCCAGGGAACCUACGACGAGCUCCGGGCGGCCGGCGUUGACUUUCUCUCGUACAUCAAACCCGUGUCAAACACCGGCACUGACUAUAAACAGCUAACCGCUGGCCUCCAGGCCUACACCCCAUCCAUACCGAGCAGUAUUGGCGACAUGUCUGAGAUGGCCAGCAGUGGUGCGGCGACUGCGGAGGCGAUGGCCCAGGAGUUGGCCGCCAUCGACGCCGAGACGGAUGAGUUGGAGCAGAAGAGGGAGUCCAAGAAGUCCGGAUCAGUCGAGAGUAGAGUGUAUUGGGAUUAUACGAAGGCAGGCGCCGGUCCCGCGCUGUUCACGUUUACUGUAUUGAUGACUGUGUUGGCGCAAGUGCUGUACCAGUGGUCAGACUUGUGGCUCACCCAAUGGACAAACGCCGAGAGCACCGGCCAAAAGACCAACAUUGGUCACAAUCUGAUGGUGUAUUCGUUACUAAUCGCCGGUCUAUUUGUAUCGGUGUUCGUGAAUACGGCCUCGUUUUACACGAUGUGUAUGCGAUCGUCGGUUAAACUAUAUAAC